AUGUCCGCCAAACGCACGAGCCAAGCGCCCAAGCGGGUAUCGUUUUCACUGCCGAGCCAGAGCCCAUCUCCGCUACCUUCUACGCCAACUCCGCAGCGCAUCUUGCCAGAUAUAUACACUGGCUUGCAUACCCCAGACACCUCAAAUUCAGCUCCAAACGCUCGCUUCCGGACUCCAGACCCCGUCUCACCCACUCCAGACUGUCACCUGCAAACUCCGAACACAGCAACUCCAACUUCAAACUCCGUCUCGGCAACUUCAACCCAUCACUUGCAAACCCCGGAAUCAACUUCUAAGUCUACCUCAUCCAACCCGACUGGUAAUCCGUUGCGCCAGCCUAGCUCCAAAAACCUUGUCUCCAAGCUCUCGCCAAAUUGGUAUUUCAAUGAGCAAGACACAGCGUUAAUCCGAGCCGGAUACGAACCUCAGUGGACUCCCAACCCAACUGACACGACACCUACCUCCACCGAAAAGGGCAAGAAAGGUACCGCAACCAAACCCGCCAUGGCUGAACCACGUGCACGUAUGGCCCGACACAAGGGCCAAAUGAACUUCCAGAAUGAACUCCGUCUGCUCCUUCUCGCUUAUGGCGACCCCAGCCCACACCCAAGCUUCCCAAACGAACCACUUCCCGAGACCGUCCGUGUGCUGGACGAGAUUGUCACCGACUUCGUACUUGAAGUCAGCCAUGGCGCCGCACAAGUCGCGCACCACGCCCGCCGUCAAAAGAUCAAAGUCGAGGACUUCCGCUUCGCACUACGUCGGGACCCGAACAAGCUCGGCCGUGUCCAGGAGCUGUUACGCAUGGAACGUGAAUUGAAGGAAGCCCGCAAGGCAUUCGACCAGAAUGAUGACCAGGUUGCCAAGGAAGCUGGAAAGAAGGGUGCAGCCGCUGCGGCAGCGGCGGCUGCUGCUGGUGAGGAUCCUGUGGCCGCUGAAGCUGCUGCUGCUGCUACUGUCACCAAGAAGAGCAAGGGCAAGGGCAAGAGAGGUGCUUCGACCCGCCGUGGAUCUGAUGCCACUGAGGAGUCGGUUUCUAAGAAGCGCAAGACGAUUGGCUGA